GACUUUCUCUCCUGUUCCUCUCUGUUUUGCAAACAAUCGAGGAAGAAGAAGCGACAAUUUUUCUUCCUGCAAAACAGUCAUCAAGUGCUUUCGGGUACUAUCGCUAUAGUUUGUUAUCAUUCUCCAUCGCAAAAAGUGAUGGAAAUGUAAGAAGGAAGUUUUACAGCGCCCGUUGACCCUCACAUCUUGUUGUGUGCCGCCUCCUCUUGGGAUUAUUUUGGAUUUGAAAUCUGCCGCGCCGGAUGCCUUCGGAACGCACCACUACUCUGUUGCUGCCUCGUAGAACUUAUUCUCCGUUGUUGUUUCUCGCAGUCUCCUCGAUCACGCUCGCCUCUUUUUUCGGUGAACUGCACAGCUCUGCCUCUCUUAUUUUAAUAACAUUAAUUGACGUUUUAAGGCGAUAGCUAGUUACGUUGACGUGUAAAUGAGUUCAACUGUCGAUGGCAGCCGCCCGGCGCGGCCGAAAGAUGCAGAGGCGUCGCCAUCCACCACAUGCACCUCUUCUUCACUCUACUCCGCUGAUACGCAGCACAGCACACGCGAGCUGCUUCAGCACCUGCCGGGUCGUCGCGUCCUCGUCACUGGCGGCUGCGGCUUUAUUGGCAGCUGCUUUAUUCGCUGUCUCCUGCAGUGGGGUCCGUCCGACCUGCACGUGUACAACGUGGAUACGCUGGAGUACUGCGCCGGUGCCCACGUGUCUUUUCUCACUUCCGCAGACAACGCAAGCAGCCCGAUCGGUGAGAUGAAUGCGGAGCAUCAUCAUGAAACCGGCGUGAAUGCUCGCUAUCAUUUCACUAAAGGGUCCAUUCUGGAUGCGGAGCUGCUGCUGAGUAUUUUCCGUACGCACAGCAUCGAUAUCGUGGUCAACAUGGCGGCUCAGACCCACGUCGAUAAAAGCUUCACUGACAGCCUGCGUUUCACGCAGGCAAAUGUGGUGGGCACGCACACACUGCUGGAGUGCGCAAGAGAGUACGGCCGGCUCACCCGCUUGUUGCACAUCAGCACCGACGAAGUGUACGGGGAAACGGUAGACGGCAACGGGCCUGCGACAGAGGCCGAUACGGUACUGCGGCCCACCAACCCCUACGCUGCCACGAAGGCCGCGGCAGAGCAUCUUGCCUUUGCUUACUUUCACUCCUUCCACUUGCCGGUGCUCGUUUCACGGGGCAACAAUGUCUACGGCCCUGGUCAGUACCCCGAGAAGGUGAUACCAAAGUUCAUCACGGAGUGCCUGCGCGGGGCACGGAUGCCCAUCCAGGGCGACGGCCACCAUCAGCGCAGUUUCCUGUACGUGGACGAUGUGGCGCGUGGGUUGGUGACGAUUCUCACGCGCGGCGAGCUCGGUGCGGCGUACAACGUGGCCAGCACGAGAGAGUGGUCGGUCUGCGAGGUGGCGCGGCACGUGGUGGCGUGUGUGACGGGGUCUGCCGCCGAGGCACGGCGGGACGACUUCGAUGACGUGUACGUGCGCUACGUGGCGGAUCGCGCCUACAAUGACGCGCGGUACUGUAUCAGCAACGAUCGGCUGACAGCGCUGGGCUGGGUGCCGUUGGUGUCGUUUGGCGAGGGACUGCGCCGCACCGUGGAGUGGUACAGGACGCACCCUCUUGACGGAGGGUAUUGGGAGGGCAAUCACCUGUAA